GACACGCAUAGUCAGCAUUGCAUUUGUUGUGUUCGGUGUAAUCCUGAACAGGUACUCAUUAAAAAGACAUCUUAGAAAGUUCAAACUCAUUAAAAAGUCACUGACCUCAAAACAUCAAUCAGUAUAACAAGUUACGCUCUGUAUUAACCUGGGAAAAAAUCUCAUUAGAAUUACUGUCAUGAAACCAUGAGGCAUUAAGAAACCCAUCACGUAUUAAGCGAACACAUUGAACAGCAUGGUGGAGUGUUCCUCGUUAACCUAAAAAAGAAUGCCCAUUAAAGUUCCCUAAAAAGGUCAUGACUCAUUAAAAAGUCCCCAACGGCAAAAUAUUGUUCCGAAAUUAUUUGAUAUUUACUAUUGAAUCACACCAACUGAGCUAAUUGUUUGCACGUGUACAUCACGUACGUUGACUUAAUUACUAGGAACAAUUCAUUUGGACAUGACCGUACAAUUUCCCAUACGAUAGCAAAAGGAACACUUGCUUGUUACGGCAUUAAGAGCAGCUGAACACAGAUUUCCACUUUGCAAUGGAGCUCUCAUCAAACAUCAGUGAAAACUGCAACUUCUCAAAUCCAAUCCAACCGAACGAUAUCAAUACAACCGAAUCUAUCUACGGGACGUACGUUGAACGCCAAAUCUUGUCUGGAGUUGCAUUUGUUGCUACUUUCGUCGGUCUCCUGGGAAACCUGGCAGUCAUUUUUGCCAUUCUGACUGUCAAGAAACUGCAGACUAAAACCAAUGUGUUUGUUCUUAAUCUCGCAGUAGCCGAUGUGCUGACAUGCACCGUGGCUACCCUAGAAGCAGUGACCAUCUUGAACGACGAGCUAGUCAUACCGUCUUGGUUGUGCACAUCUGUAUCUUUUUGUCUGAUUACUUGCGUUGGCUGCAGUAUUAACAACCUAGCCUUAAUUGCCGUCAACCGACUGGUUGGUAUUACGACUACGGCUGUGUAUCACAAACUUUACACCAAUUUUAAGCUCUUUCUGAUGAUCUUCGUAUCAUGGGGUGUGCCAAUUGCCAUAGCCACUCUCCCACUCUUCACCAAUUAUGCCCAAUAUGGCUUCAACCCUAUCUACAAAUCAUGUACUUGGUCGUCAAACAUGUCCUACAUUAUCACAUACGCGAAGCUCAUCAGUGCAAUGUAUUUCCCUCUCCAGUUUACCAUCCUCUUUGUCAGCUACUUGAAAAUCUACCUGUAUGUGAGAAGGACAACUAAAUCCAUGCUGAGACAUGACAAAUAUGGAGGUACUACAAGUUUAGGCUCACAGACACUUCAAAGACAACUUUGGAAACGUCAGGUGACUGUUACCAAGAACUUGUUCACAGUGGUAUGCGUGUUCUUCCUCUGCAUGUGCCCGUACUUCACAACGCUCGCACUACCAAGCAGUGUUGGCAAAAGCCUCCUGACCUACACAUCCUUUAUCCUCUUGAGCAACAGUGCAGUCAAUCCGAUCAUCUACGGCACUAAACACCCGGAUUUCAGGACGGCGUUUGCCCACAUCUUGGUGUGCAGAAGGAAGAAGUACAAACUUCCAACGUUGAGGCCCAUAAGGGGACAGAAUCGUAUCAACAUUGCUACUAUCCCUCCAAUCAUUCCGCUGCAGAUGUUGUAGUCCGUCUGGGCUUACAUUGAUGUGAGGCUCUUUCAAACUGAAACAAAAACUGGUCAUGCUGAUAUUAAGAUAAAUCUAUCUUCGAGGGUCUGCACUGACAGGAAUUCACUUGUCAAACUGACUAAGCUUUAAUCUUGUCAAUAUCUUGUUUAUAUUUUGUCAUCACCUAAAUUUCCGGUGAGAGGCCCCUGUUUUUACGCGCUCGCGCUUGGAGGCAGUUAAAGAUA